GUUUGAACCUUAGUCCAUCAAGAUGACGGCUGGUUCCAUUGCUGUGCCUACCAUUGUUCCCCUAAGGCCGCCAAUACCUGGGAAACCAAAAUCCUCAAUAGAUUCUAACACAAAGAUUGAAUUGAGUACAGAAAGUAAUGGUGCUCGAAUCUACUACACAAUCAAUGGGACAAAGCCAGAUCCCUUCCCAAAAGUCAGUCAGACCAAAUAUACGAUGGAAUACCAGGGGCCAUUUACCUUGCCAGCUGGAAAACAGACAUUAAAAGCAGUGGCAGUUUCAGCAGAUGGUAUGAGGGAGUCCAACGUUGUAACAAAGGUGUUUGAGGUAGACUACGUUGCCCAGCCAGCGCUACCUCCAGAGGGUGAUGAUCUAGAGUUCCGAGAUGAUCUAGAAAAAGAGAAAACCAUGGUAACUGUAAUUUCUAAAUACUUUAAAAUUAAUGUAAAGAGAGCCCAGAAGAACUUGAUGAUGUCAUCCAGGUCAGCCUGGACAGAUGUUUCAACUGCUAGAAACAUGACAAAUAGAAUGUCAGGUAAUGAAAAUCUUAAAAAAUCUUCUCCUCAUAAACCAGAAGCCCUAGAGCUUAGACCAGCAGUGACAGCAACAGCUUUGACAUGUUCUAAGUGCCGAGCCAAUAACCAUCCAUACGCUACAUUCUGUGGUUCCCGCGGUGUCAAGAUAGAGGCCCCAUACAGGGUUGACGAAAUUGUUAUCGUAAAAAAAAACCCUGAACAUGUCUGCCAGCAUAUAAAGGCUCAUGCACAGAAUGAUGCUGAAUUCAGAGCAUUGAUUGGAGAACCUAAAAUGGGCAAGUUGUUGACAUCAACAGUACAGGAGGAUGGUUAUGAACUUAGCUUGACUGUGACAUUCGCCUUGAGAGGUGGUAAAGAUAAAUUUGCUGGGAAGAAGUUGGGCAUUACAGAAGAUUAUCUCAGUUUCCAUACAGAACAGGACAAUAUGACCACAUACAGGACUGACUCGGAUGAUUAUGAAGAGAUAAUUGAAGAUUCUCCAAAGAAAUCAGGCAAGAAAAUCAUCAAGAAGAAGAAACCAGUGAAGAGAGCUUCAAAACAAGAUCAGUUACUACUGAAAGAGGUAGGACCAUCAGGGGAAGGAGAUCCUACUGAAGUUCAACAACUUAUUGAUGAGGGUAAUACAGCACUCCAUGAAGCUGUAAAUGUGGGACCCGCAAAUGGAAAGGUUGUUGAGGCACUGUUAAAUAAUGGUGUCAAUCAGAACAUUAAGAAUGACAAAGGAGAGUCGCCAUAUGACCUUGCAGUGAAAGGAGGUUACGAAAAUAUUGUGAAGAAAUUUGCUGCAGCACUAGGACAGUCGCAGUUAGAUAAAAUGAUACGCCCUAAAAAUAAAGGCUAUUGAAAUGGGAUGUAGAUAGAAUCUAGAUGUAGAAAAACACUGCCAUACUAACUAGGUGAAAUUGAGGAUGUGAAGAAUGUACAAGUGAUUGAUUGGAGGACCAGAUGAUUUGAAAAAGGAUAGAAUGUUGAUAUUAUAAUGAAAGAAAGAUUUGUGCCAUUCCUCAGUAUCUGGAAGCGCAUUUCAAAGUACUAUUGAAGUGGGAUUAUAAACAUUCAUACAUUAGAUAAAAUAUUACUUGUAUGAAUAUUAGCUUAGCAUUGCAGAAUUAUGUGUACUUGCUUAGUAAAUAUGAGGUGUUCAUACAAGGAAGAAGAGUUAGUAUACAUGGAAAUGCAUCGUUAUUCUUUGUAAGCAUGUAUCAAAUUGAACUACUGUAGCCUUUGUUGAAGUAUUCUGUUGUGCUUGCAUUUAAGAGUUUUCAUUCUCAUAUAGGCAAAAACAAAAAU